UGAAGCCCGAGUGUUUGUGGUGUGGGGACGGUCGCCCUUUGAAGAUAAGCUGGGCUCUGCCUGGCGCUCGGGAGAAGGGCCGUGGGCCGGGAGUCACUCAUAAAGCGGGAGGGCAGUGUGGUCCGGAGAGUGAGCCUGGUUCAGAUGAUGAGAAAUGUUUCGGAAGGGAAAGAAACGCCACAGUAGUAGCAGUUCUCAAGGCAGUGAAAUCAGCACUAAAAGCAAGUCAGUGGAUUCCAGUUUGGGUGGCCUUUCGAGAUCUAGUACAGUGGCUAGCCUUGAUACAGAUUCCACAAAGAGUUCAGGUCAGAGUAAUAGUAACUUUGACACAUGCAAUGAAUUCCGAGUGAAGUAUUUGGGUGCUAUUGAAAACUUAAAAGCCAGUUUAGUGGAAUGUCUCCAAGGACCACAAGAUUUGAUUAAUUAUAUUGAUUUGGCACAGCAAUAUGGAAAGCUACCAUUUACACCAUCAGAAGAGGAGAGUAUUUUGUGUGUUUCCAAAUAUGGUAUCAAAGUUGCAUCCUCUGAUCAGUUUGACAUUUUGCACAGGCAUCCAUUGUAUUUAAUAGUGCGAGUGAUCUGUUAUGACGAUGGACUUGGGAUGGGAAAAAGCCUUCUUGCUAUAAAAACCACUGAUGCAAACCAGGCAGAGUACAGCAUCUGCGUGUAUCAAUGCAAUAGCCUGGAACAAGCUCAAACAAUCUGCAAAGUCCUAUCCACUGCUUUUGAUUCAGCACUUUCAUCAGAUAAGUCGUGAUAAUUGCCUAAAUGGUAAUCUGAUUUAUGAUAUACAGUCUUUGGUUUAUUGCUGUUGCAAUUACAACUGCUGAUGUAGGUCUGUGAAGUAAUGGAACAUUUUACAGCUUCUGAGACCUGCAGUUGCCAGCACUUCAAUGUUCUCAGUAAAAUAAAUAAUGGAUUUGCACAACAAUAACCCCCCCCUUUGUUUUGUUAAUGUAGUACAUCACCAUCUUCAAUACAGAGUGAUUGUACUGUCAAUUACCUGCAUUGAUAAACAAUAUAUGCUUCAUGAACAAAGAGUCACUGAAAUGCAACUAAACAUCUAACAAACCUGAAGAAAUGUUUUGUAUAGGAAUAUUGCUUAUUAAAUAUGGAACUAAUAAUUACAUUUUCAUAUAGCUUUGGUAAUCUUAGAUUGAGCAUUGUACCAUGCAAUGAUAUGGUCUUUCAGCAUUAACAGUAAUCUCAAAUGUACAUUUUCAAGCCAAAAAUAUCAAUAUAAGUCAAUGUUUAUCCAAGUAAAUGGCAUUAUUUUUGCUCUUUCAAUUAAAUAUGCAAUGUGUUAUCCACUUAUUUAUACAUAAUUUUGUACUGCAGUGUUAUCAAAUUGAAGUUGCAA